AUGGACUGGACAAUCGAAGCCGCAAGGAUGAAAGAUCAAAAACCAGCAGGUGGAUCUAGAUCUAUUGUUGAGUCAUUAAAUCAAUUUAAUAAUAUUGAUAAUGAAUUUAAUAAUGAAAUUAAUUCAAAGAUUAAUAAUUCUUUAAAUUGGUUGUAUAAAAUUCAACGCAACCAUUCUUCUGUAUUUCUAUCACCUGAACGUACUGAAAAAUUACAAAAUAACAAUGACGAUAAAGAGAAUGAUCAACCAUUUUUACAAAAAGACAAUGAUUUUACACCAAAGAGACCAAUUAUUGAUGAUACCCCAUUGGAUGUAACUCCUUUAUCAUUAAGACAAAAUAAAGAUUUAACAACGACAAUUAAUGAACAAAAAAUUCAGUCAGAUACCAAAUCAACAAAUGAGACUAAAUUAUCACCUUGGUCACCAUAUAAAAUAGAUCAAAGUUUGAAAAUGAUAAAUAAGACCAAAGAUGAUACGGAAUCAGUUAUUAUCAAUAAUGAUGAUAAAAAUGACAAUACCUCUAAAUUUACUAUGAUGUCGCUAAAUUCAACUUCGUCAACUACUACAAAACUUAACAGCAACAACAAUAAUAAUACCACCAUUACAACAAGUAUGGUUACGAACAAAUCUCCAAAUGUAACAUUAACAAGAAUGAAAAGAAGAUCAAAUAUGUUUGUACCAAUGCCCAAAAAGGAUCCCCUUACAGUUCAUGAUUCUAUGAAACUUAAUCAAAAUCAUACAUUUUCUGGAACAACUUUAAAAAUAAAUAAACAACCAAAUUUAUCGCCUAAAAAUCCUUUAAAUUCUAAUAAACAAACGAAUAAUAAUCAUCACUCAAGAAGUACACAAAGUCCAAUUGGAUCUAGAAAUGUUUUCGAUAGAUUAUCAUCUACAUCGACACAAUCAUUCAAUAAGAAAAUCACCAAUAGAACUCAUAUCAUGAAUAAAAAACAUACUACCUCUUCAAUAGAUUUAUCAGGUUCUCCGUUAAAAAGAAAUUCAAGUGCGAAAUACAUAAAUGGGAGUUCUAGGAAACAAUUAUUUGAGCAUGAUAAUUCUAAUUGGCAUGUUCGAGAAACUCUAAAGAAUAUUUUUGCUGUUGAGCCUGAAAAUCUUAAAUCUGCUGAUAAUAAUAAUCAACCUUCGAUGAAUAACGUUAGAAGAUCUUUAAUACCAUCAUUGGACAAUAGAAAUUUGUCUUUAGGCAAAGAUAAACGUCAUUCUAUCAACAUUGGUAGUAAUGGGAUCCACAAAGAUAUAAACCCUUCGCAGAGUCAUGAUAAAAAUCUGUCUAUCAUUGGAGAGGAGAAAUCUUCACGAGUAAAGGAAUCAUCUACGUCAACUAUUGUAGAGGCAGCUCAAAAUACAAACAAUACGCAAAGUGAGCAAGUGAAAAGAAAUAAUGAUCACAGAUUAACUAAAUUUCAAUUAUUAAGAGCUGAGGAACCAAAUAAACAAGAUUUGAAAAAAAAAUUAAACAAAAGGUUAUCUGAAGUUAUGAAAACACAACAAGAAUCUGAAAAACAUAAAAGAGACAAACAAAAAAGACUGAUAACUAAUGAUGCUUCGACGAAACAUCGGACUAAAAAUUUUAGUGAAUUUAAAAGUUUUGGAACGACACAUAAAUUAGGAAAUACAAGGAGAAGUAAUACAUUUAACAACUUGAGCCAAACUUCUGACAAUGAAGAUGCGUCAAUACCAAAACCUCGAAAUGGUAUUGAUACAAGAAAUAUUCUGGACGCAUUAAAUACAGGAGAUUAUCGAAGACGUGUUGGUGAUUCACUUGACGGAACAUCGAUUAAUGAAGGAAACCCCAAAGAGGAGGAAGCUACAGGUAAUAUGUCUCUCCCGGAAAUAUUUUCAGAUUCAGAUCAAGAAGAUACAAGUACUUUAACGGAAUGGGCCCGAGCACCUUAUCUUCAAGAACAGUUACGACAACAACAAAAUUGGGAUUACAAGAAAAUAUUUGGUCCUGUCGCACCUUUGCAUAUUGAUGAAAUUUUCAAUAAUUCUAGGCUUGAUAAAUUCAAAUCAUCUUCGCAUUUAAAUAAAUAA